AUGUCCGUCGAUCUCAACCCUCACGUCCAGCUGGGCUUCCCUCGCCCUCUGACUCAGCUGGUCAAGCGCACUCUCCAGGUCUCGAACCCCAACAACCAGCCCGUCGCCUUCAAGGUCAAGACGACCGCACCCAAGCAGUACUGCGUUCGGCCCAACUCGGGCCGCAUCGAGCCCGGCGAGAGGGUCGAGGUGCAGGUCCUGCUCCAGCCUAUGAAGGAGGAGCCCCCGCUGUCUGCCAAGUGCCGCGACAAGUUCCUGGUUCAGUCGACGAUCAUCACGCCCGAGCUCGAGACCGCCAGCCUGCAGGAGAUUUGGCCCCAGAUUGAGAAGGAGAACAAGUCGGCCAUCCACGAGCAGAAGAUCCGAUGCGCUUUCCUGCCCGCCGCCACUGUUCCCGUCGCGGAAGAGGACGAGGGCGCUCCGAGCACCCUGAACGGUGACGAGCGUUACACGACCGUGCGAGGAGCGCCGUCGAAAGUCAACGGCGACGAGACCUACAACCCCAUCGCCGCUGCUCAGAACGCUGCGGGCAACACGGACGGACCCUCGACGGAGAAGGCCAAGCAGGCAGCCCUCGCCGCAGGAGGUGCCGCUGCUGCAGGAGCUGGCGCCGCGUAUGCCGCCACUCGCGACGCCGGUGCCCGCGCUGUCAACGGCGUCACUGGCUCGACUGCCAACAAGCCCGAGAGCGACUUGUCGCCGCAGGAGAUGCAGUCCGAGAUCGCCCGCCUCAGAAAGGAGCUGGCGCAGGCCAAGGGCUCGAGCAGCGGUGCCACGAUGCAGCAGAGCGCCGCUGGUGGCGUCCCCGUCCACAUUGUGGCGGCCAUCGCCUUCGGAGUCUUUGCCGUCACCUACAUCAUGUUCUGA